AUGUUUGGGCUGGACCAAUUCGAGCCCCAGAUCAACAGCAGGAACGCUGGCCAGGGCGAGAGGAACUUUAACGAGGCCGGACUAAGCAUGAAUGCCCACUUUAAGGCCCCGGCUUUCCACGCGGGGGGACCCCCUGGCCCGGUGGACCCUGCCAUGAGCGCGCUGGGCGAGCCCCCGAUCUUGAGCAUGAACAUGGAGCCUUACGGCUUCCACGCGCGUGGCCACUCGGAGUUGCACGCGGGGGGGCUGCAGGCGCAGCCGGUGCACGGAUUCUUUGGAGGCCAGCAGCCGCACCACGGCCACCCGGGAGGCCACCACCCCCACCAACAUCACCCUCACUUUGGGGGCAACUUCGGCGGCCCGGACCCGGGGGCCUCAUGCCUGCACGGGGGUCGCCUACUUGGCUACGGCGGCGCCGCCGGCGGCCUGGGCAGCCAGCCGCCCUUCGCGGAGGGUUAUGACCACAUGGCGGAGAGCCAGGGGCCGGAGAGCUUCGGCCCGCAGCGACCCGGGAACCUCUCGGACUUCCACAGUUCGGGCGCCUCGGGUCAUGCGGUGCCUGCCCCGUGCUUGCCGCUGGACCAGAGCCCUAACCGAGCCGCCUCCUUUCACGGCCUGCCCGCCUCCAGCGGCUCCGAUUCCCACAGUCUGGAGCCCCGAAGGGUUGCGAACCAAGGAGCCGUCGACUCGCUGGAAUACAAUUACCCUGGCGAGGCGCCCUCGGGACAUUUCGACAUGUUUUCGCCCUCCGAUUCCGAGGGGCAGCUGCCUCAUUAUGCGGCGGGGCGCCAGGUUCCCGGGAGCUCGUUUCCCGGUGCGUCGGCCAUGCCCAGAGCUGCAGGCAUGGUGGGCUUGUCCAAAAUGCACGCCCAGCAGCCGCCGCCGCCGCAGCAACCGCAGCCGCCGCCGCAGCCGCAGCAGCACGGCGUGUUCUUCGAGAGGUUCGGCGGGGCCCGCAAGAUGCCCGUGGGGCUGGAGCCGGCAGUAGGCUCCAGGCACCCGCUAAUUCAGCCUCCCCAGCAGGCCCCGCCGCCCCCUCCGCAGCAGCCCCCGCAGCCGCCGCAGCAGCCCCAGCCGCAGCCGCAGCCGCAGCCGCCGCCGCCGCCGCCGCCGCCGCCCGGGCUUCUGGUCCGACAAAAUUCGUGCCCGCCUGCGCUCCCGCGGCCGCAGCAGGGCGAGGCGGGCACGCCCAGCGGCGGCCUGCAGGACGGGGGCCCCCUGCUGCCCAGCCAGCACGCCCAGUUCGAGUACCCCAUCCACCGGCUGGAGAACCGGAGCAUGCACCCGUAUUCGGAGCCCGUGUUCAACAUGCAGCACCCCCCUCCGCAGCAGGCGCCCAACCAGCGGCUGCAGCAUUUCGACGCGCCCCCCUACAUGAACGUGGCCAAGAGGCCGCGCUUUGACUUCCCGGGCAGCGCGGGAGUGGACCGCUGCGCUUCGUGGAACGGCAGCAUGCACAACGGCGCGCUGGACAACCACCUCUCGCCCUCCGCCUAUUCGGGCCUGCCCGGCGAGUUCACCCCGCCCGUGCCCGACAGCUUCCCCUCAGGGCCAGCCCUGCAGCAUCCGGCCCCGGACCACCAGUCCCUGCAGCCGCAGCAGCAACACCAGCAGCCCCAGCAGCAGCAGCGCCAAAACGCGGCCCUCAUGAUUAAGCAGAUGGCGUCGCGGAAUCAGCAGCAGCGGCUGCGCCAGCCCAACCUGGCCCAGCUAGGCCACCCCGGGGACGUGGGCCAGGGCGGCCUGGUACACAGCGGCCCGGUGGGCGGCUUGGCCCAGCCGAACUUUGAGCGCGAAAGCACGGGCGCGGGGCGCCUGGGCACCUUCGAGCAGCCGGCGCCUCACUUGGCGCAGGAGAGCGCGUGGUUCCCAGGUCCGCACCCGCCGCCGGGGGACCUGCUGCCUCGCAGGAUGGGCGGCUCAGGCCUGCCGGCUGACUGCGGCCCGCACGACCCGGGCCUGGCGCCGCCCCCUCCCCCCGGGGGCUCGGGCGUGCUGUUCCGUGGCCCUCUGCAGGAGCCGCUGAGGAUGCCCGGAGAGGGCCACGUGCCCGCGCUGCCCUCCCCCGGCUUGCAGUUCGGGGGCAGCCUGGCGGGUCUGGGCCAACUGCAGUCGCCCGGGACUGCGGUGGGGCUGCCCAGCGCUCCCUCCGAGCGCCGGCCCCCGCCCCCGGAUUUCACAGCACCGGCGCUCGGGGGCCAGCCCGGCUUCCCGUUCAGCUCGGCGAACCGGCAGGCCACGCCGCAUAGCGGCCCAGGGGUGAACUCGCCCCCGAGCGCGGGCGGGGGCGGCGGCAGCACGGGCGGCGGCGGCGGCGGCGGCGGUGGCGGUGGCGGCGGCGGCGGCGGGGGCGCCUAUCCGCCGCAGCCUGAUUUCCAGCCCAGCCAGCGCGCCUCGGCCAGUAAGCUGGGCGCGCUGUCGCUGGGCUCCUUCAACAAGCCCAGCUCCAAGGACAACCUGUUCGGCCAGAGCUGCCUGGCUGCACUCUCCACCGCCUGCCAGAACAUGAUCGCCAGCCUCGGGGCCCCCAACCUCAACGUGACCUUCAACAAGAAGAACCCGCCCGAGGGCAAGAGGAAACUGAGCCAGAACGAGACCGACGGCGCGGCUGUGGCCGGCAACCCUGGCUCGGAUUACUUCCCCGGAGGGACUGCCCCUGGGGCCCCAGGGCCUGGAGGCCCGUCGGGGACUAGUAACAGCGGCUCCAAAGCCUCAGGGCCGCCCAACCCACCCGCCCAGGGGGACGGCACCAGCCUCUCCCCAAACUACACCCUGGAGUCAACGUCUGGGAACGACGGCAAGCCGGUCCCCGGGGGCGGAGGUCGGGGACGGGGUCGAAGAAAAAGGGACAGUGGUCACGUGAGCCCCGGGACCUUCUUCGACAAAUACUCUGCAGCGCCAGACAGCGGGGGCGCGCCUGGGGUGAGCCCGGGGCAGCAGCAGGCGCCGGGCGCAGCCGUCGGAGGAAGCUCCACGAGCGAGGCUCGCGGGGCUCCUACGCCCCACGACAAGGCGCUCACGUCGCCGUCGUGGGGGAAGGGGGCCGAGUUGCUCUUGGGGGACCAGCCGGACCUCAUGGCUUCCCUGGACGGCGGGGCCAAGUCGGACGGUAGUUCCCCGCACGUGGGCGAGUUUGCCUCGGACGAGGUGAGCACCAGCUACGCCAACGAGGACGAGGUGUCAUCCAGCUCCGACAACCCCCCAGCCCUGGCCAAAGCGAGUAGGAGCCCCCUGGUGACAGGCUCGCCCAAACUCCCUCCGCGUGGGGUGGGUGCUGGGGAACACGGACCUAAGGCUCCCCCGCCCCCGCUUGGCCUGGGCAUCAUGUCUACCUCUACCUCCACCCCUGACAGCUACGGCGGCGGGGGCACGGGCCACCCUGGCACCCCGGGCCUGGAGCAGGUCCGGACCCCAACGAGCAGCAGCGGGGCACCACCCCCCGACGAGAUCCACCCCCUGGAGAUCCUCCAGGCGCAGAUCCAGCUGCAGAGGCAGCAGUUCAGCAUCUCUGAGGACCAGCCCCUGGGGCUCAAGGGUGGCAAGAAGGGUGAGUGCGCCGUUGGGUCCUCGGGGGCGCAGAAUGGCGACAGCGAGCUGGGCAGCUGCUGCUCCGAGGCCGUCAAGAGCGCCAUGAGCACCAUCGACCUGGACUCGCUGAUGGCGGAGCACAGCGCCACCUGGUACAUGCCCGCAGACAAGGCCUUGGUGGACGGCGCCGACGACGACAAGACGCUGGCACCUUGGGAGAAGGCCAAACCCCAGAACCCCAACAGCAAAGAAGCCCACGACCUCCCUGCAAAUAAGGCCUCAGCAACCCAGCCGGGGAGCCACUUGCAGUGCCUGUCCGUCCACUGCACAGAUGACGUGGGCGAUGCCAAGGCCCGAGCCUCCGUGCCCACCUGGCGGUCCCUGCACUCCGACAUUUCCAACAGAUUCGGGACAUUCGUGGCUGCCCUAACUUGA